GCUUCUUGGCUUUAUAGUACGUUUCUAGUGCUAACUCUGGGCCCUGGUUGGCCCUCCCAGUCCUCCUCAGACCUGCAGAGUCAAAUCAGCCAGUACCAGCUGCAGCCAGCAGAGUCGUCCUGGAUCCUCAGUCCUCUGGAUGUGAGCACAGGGGCUUUUCAUGAGUCACUGAAAAUACUGGAGCUGUCACAUUCAAGAUGAGGCUGAAGCCAGUUGUCCUUACGGUGUUACUGACGGUGGCUGUCGCUUAUUACGUUUACAUCCCGCUGCCUGAUGCCAUCCAGGAGCCGUGGAAGUUGAUGAUGCUGGAUGCUGGGUUCCGGGCAGCGAUGCACCUGGCUUCUUUGAAGGACUGGCUGGGCUUGGACCAUUAUGUCAAGUCUAUCAGGCGGACCACAGAGGGCUUUGAGGGCAUGAUAAAGGGGCUGGACACUUCUGAGUCCAACGGAGGGGUCAUGCCCGGAGUGAAGGUCAGCGACAUGACUUUCGCCGGCAUCCCGGUCCGACUUUAUGAGCCCCCGGCUGGAGGGGAGGGCCAUCUGAGGAGAGGGUUGAUGUUCUUCCACGGAGGAGGCUGGGCCCUCGGCAGUGCCAAGAAAGGGUCAUAUGAUGCCAUCAAUCGCAUGGUUUCAGAUGAGCUCAACACUGUCGUGGUCUCUGUUGAGUAUCGCCUGUAUCCAGAGGUGCAUUUUCCAAUGCCAUAUUUAGACUGCCUCGCUGCUGCCAAACACUUCUUGUCCUCAGAGAUUCUGGCAAAGUACGCAAUCGACCCCGAGCGUGUGGCCGUGUCAGGAGACAGCGCCGGAGGAAAUCUGGCUGCUGCAGUCGCUCAGGAGAUUUCCAUAGACGACACUGUGACUGUGAAAUUCAGUAUCCAGGCUUUGAUCUACCCGGUGCUCCAGGCUCUGGACUUCAACACGCCCUCCUACUUGCAGAACCAAGACAUGCCCAUCCUCUACCGGCCCGUCAUGGUUCGUUUUUGGCUGCAGUACUUCGGUGCUGACCUCUCCCUGCAGCCCCAGUUGCUAGUGAACAACCACAGCUCCUUGCACGACUCAGCCAUCACCCCUGAGCUGAGGUCACGACUAGACUGGACCGUGCUCCUGCAGCCGAAAUACAGGAAGACGUACAAGCCCCUCAUCGUGGAGAGAGGUUCACAGGGGCUCGUGAAGGAGGUGCCGGGGCUGCUGGAUGUGCGGGCGUCACCACUGCUGGCAGGACCAGAGGUUUUGGCGAAAUGCCCUCGGGCGUACAUCCUCACGUGCGAGUAUGACGUGUUGAGGGAUGAUGGGCUGAUGUACGCUCGGCGCUUACAGGAUGCAGGGGUCACGGUAACCAACGAACACUACGAGGACGGCUUCCACGGAUGUUUCAGCUUCAUAGUCUGGCCGUUGGACUUUGAUGUAGGGAAGAGGGCGCUCAGAGGUUACAUCAACUGGCUCCAGAACAACUUGUAAGAGUGUGUGUGCAUGUUUGUGCAAGUGAGUAAUGGGUGCAUGCAUGUGUGUGUGUGUCACUGAUACAAAUGCACUACCCCUUGAUUUGUGAAUUAUAGACUUGAUAAAGGGCUCUUACAUCUAUUUGCUCUUUGUGUUAAAAAUAUAAAAGCUCAGGGCCCUCAUGCGCACACACACACACACACACACACACACACACACACACACACACACACACCAGUUUUACAGUCUGCUGACAGUGGAGAAGGGCAAAUAUAUUAACAUCAAAUAACAUCACAGCCACAAGUUUAAAAGUCAUAAGCUGGUUCCACAUCAGUACAAACUUUCAUAUCCACACGACAAACAACGCACGAGAAGUACAUGAUUUUCUAUUUUUUAAUUUAAAAAUCAUAACCCCCCCAAUCAAAAGUUGAUGUCAGCAGUGGUUGGUUCUCUUGUUGUUGACAUGAAACACAACUGACAAAGACAUUUGUAAAUUGAUAUUCUUUCUUUCAAAUAAAUAUGGAAUUCAUUACCUUUCUUAAGGACAGUAUUUAACUUUGUGUGUGUUUGACAGCUGUAGUAAACACCCAUCUCAUGCUCCCUAGUCCCUGCACGACAAUAAGGUGAGGUCUUCCCUGACAAAUGAUGCUGCCACUUGACAAUCACAAAGAAAAUGCACUGUUUCCUUCAGCUUUACUCCAGUUAUUACCCACUCUGUGUUGUAGCUACGGGAUAUUGUAAGUAUCUGCCCUUAGGCUGCUAUGAAAGAAAUGUUUUGCGGUUUAAAUGCCUGAGUAAGGAUAACUAUGGAACAUGAAUUAAUCACUGAAGUUGCAUUCACUUGUCAGUUGCCCUUCCAAAAAGUAGUGGUAUUAACCCCAGCGCCCCUACUGGCUGUACUGGCUCUGCUGGGUCAGCACUGUAAAGUUGUCUAAGGUCUUUGUCAGACAUCUACAUGAAUGAAAUCACUCCUGAAAAGUCGGAAAGUAACAUACAUGACACCUGAGGUGCAGCAGUUAUUCAAACUGAGAAUCUCCCGAGAUUCAUUUCACAUGACACAAAUUCCCUCCUGUGAUUUAUUGAAGGUUGUCAAUAAAAACAUCACAUCAAACUCA